AUGAAAGUUGAAAUUGUCUUGACCGACACACCAGAGAAUAUUACAUUAGACUUUAGAGAUCUUUCUACUUCAAUGUAUCUCACUGACAGCUACGUGAACAAGUCGCUCGAGAUUAACGAGACGACGAACGACUUCGUAUACACCAACCAAUUUGAAAAUGACGCCAUCAUAGUAUUUUUAAUAAUUUUGAAAUGUUUAAUCAUGCUCUUUAUAAUACUGGCCGCUAUAUUUGGCAACUUGUUGGUCAUUGUGUCUGUUAUGAGACAUAGAAAGCUCCGCGUCAUCACCAACUACUUUGUUGUGUCCCUUGCAUUAGCGGAUAUGUUAGUUGCUAUCUGGGCUAUGUGUUUCAAUUUUAGCGUUGAGAUUACCAAUGGAGAAUGGCUAUUUGGAUACUUCAUGUGCGAUGUCUGGAAUUCACUGGACGUGUACUUUUCUUCGGCAUCUAUAUUACAUCUCUGUUGCAUAAGCGUUGAUAGAUACUAUGCAAUCGUUCAACCGUUGGACUAUCCACUUAUCAUGACAAGCGGCAAGUUGGGGAUCAUGCUGGCUGUCGUAUGGUGCAGCCCGGCACUGGUUUCAUUCCUUCCAAUAUUUGCGGGAUGGUACACCACGCACGAGCACUUGGAUUUUAGAAAAAGGCACCCAAAAGUGUGCAGUUUUACUGUGAACAAAAUAUAUGCGGUAAUAUCGAGUAGUGUCAGUUUUUGGAUACCGGGAGUAAUAAUGAUCUUCAUGUAUUAUAGAAUUUAUAUUGAGGCGGACCGCCAAGAGAGAAUGUUAUACAGGAGCAAAGUGGCGGCGUUGCUGCUAGACAAGCACCUGCAGAUAAACGGAAUCUCGAUGGGAGACGUGAUGCGUGAACGGCAGAGCAUACAAAUGCAACCGAUGGCAAGCAGCAAGAUGAAGAGGGAGAGAAAAGCAGCGAGAACUCUUGGGAUUAUAAUGUCGGCUUUCCUGGCAUGUUGGCUACCAUUUUUCUUAUGGUACAUUAUCACAGCACUCUGCGGGGACGCCUGCCCAUCCCCCCUCCGGUAG